AUGUCAUCACUACCACCAACUGCAACUGUCACAGCUGCGAAUUUUACAGUCAAUAGCCGUGUGACAAUUUUCAAUUCCACACAUUCUUCCUUUAAUGCAUCGGAUGCUGAUAAAGACACUGGAAAUGAAGACAAUGAAGAAGAUGAAGACAGGAGUCGUGAAUUUAAAGAGCGAGAUGAAGGCGAUACAGAUAGUGAUGAUGACAGUGAUUCUUCAUCCGAAAGUGACGAUGACAGUGAUUCUUCAUCUGAUAGUGAUGACGACAGUGAUUCAUCGAAAGAAAAGGGUCGACCUACUUUUAGUAACGUGUUCAACGCAACUAGUACAAUCAGGUCAACGUACAGGAACUGGAUAGGUACCGCACUUGGUAAAGCCACCAAGACAGCAUGCUAUCGUAAAACUCAUAUUGCCAAGACAUGUCCUCUGGGUUACCAUGCGAAGUGGGGAACAUGCUGGGCAGAGUGCCCAUAUGCAUACCCAGUCAAGUGCGGGAUGGAGUGUAUUCGACAAAACGAUGAUUGUCUACUUGAAGUCAUCACAAAGGUUGCUACCGUGGCUCAAGCAGCCUUUUCCAUAGCUCCUGAAAAUGUGUACGGACAGUUCAAGUCGAUGGCAAAGGGCAUUCAAAUUGCAUUUAAAUGCAGCAAAGAGAUGAUGGGAUUGGUCAAGUCGUUGAACAAGUACAUUCGUAUCGUUAAAGUGACGGACCCGCAUGUGACCCAAGAGCAGCUAUUAACAAUACUGUACCAAACCGAUAAUGUCAUCUUUGAUAUACCAGUGACUGUUGCUGCAUGCCUUGGAAUUCCAGUAGAUGAGAAUUUUAAAUUUUCAGACCGAUUAGUGAACACUGCAGAGUUGAUACUUCACGAUGUCACUUCCAACAGCGCUACAAUUAUCUCCGAUUGGUCUGCAUUCACGAGUUUUAUGAAGCACAUUAAUUUUGGAAAAACAAUCAGCAAGCUGAAGAAGUCAGAUAUCUCGUCCUUAAAAACGGCACUGUUGUCCGAGUCAACGUGUGGAUAUGACAUGAAGCGACUGCUGGACCGAACAUGGAUGACUGUGGCGGAAAUGCGUCGACAAGACCCGAGUAUAUCGGAGGAUGACAUUCGUGUUGCAAUGAGUAAGUCCAAUCUUGCAUUACACGAUAUUCCGACCGUGACCAACAAUUGUAUGGCAGAAUUGAUUGCCGAGUCAAAUGAAGCUGAAGCUUAUAGUGUUCGAGAUACCCUGCGCAAGGGUGGUGUAAUGUCCGAGUUUUUCCAGACACUUUGCGGUCCCACUGAGUUUAUUGGUGAAAUUGACGAUGGUUCUGCUGAGGAUGCUCUAGGUUUGAAGACUGUGGAGAAAGCGUUCAAAAAUAGCACUGGUAGCUGGACGAAAAAAGGUGAUGGUUCGGUUGUUAUUACGUUCAAAAGUAUGGACACGAAGGAUGUGAGCGUGAAUAUUUAUUCUGGUGGUGAAAAAGUCGAUGAAGUGGAUGUUCCAGCGGGAAAAACCAUGACAUGGCGAUCAACCGUUAAAGCUUUGGAAGGUAGGACGCUGUAUCUCGAUCGAUGGCGUCCUGGUUUCUUACAUAUUCCUAAAUUAGGUGGUGGUUCAUUAUUACUGUGGGUACCUCGAGCUACAGAAGGUGGUAAUCUACAACUCACUGUUUUGCUGAAUGUGAGCUGA